UCCCGGACCUCCCAGCCCCGCCGCCCGCUCCCUCCCAGUACCUGUCCGCGCGCUCGCGGCGCCACCGUGACAACUGCCCAGCAGCUGCCGCCGCCGCCGCCGCCGCCGCCGCCAGCCGCGCGCAUCCCAAGCCGCCGCGGGAAGCAGGAGCCACGAUGCACAUAAAGAAGUACCUGCUCAAGUGCCUGCACCGGCUGCAGAAGGGCCCCGGCUACACAUACAAGGAGCUGCUGGUGUGGUACUGUGACAACACCAACACCCAUGGCCCCAAACGCAUCAUCUGCGAGGGGCCCAAGAAGAAGGCCAUGUGGUUCGUGCUCACCCUGCUCUUCACCUCCCUCGUCUGCUGGCAAUGGGGUAUCUUCAUCAGGACCUACCUGAACUGGGAGGUCAGCGUCUCCCUCUCCAUCGGCUUCAAGGCUAUGGACUUUCCCGCCGUCACCGUCUGCAACACCAGCCCCUUCCAGUACUCCAAAGUCAAGCAUUUGCUGAAGGACCUGGAUGAACUGAUGGAGGCAGUCCUGGCGAGGAUCCUGGGUCCUGAGCUCAGCCAUGUCAACGCCACCAGGGCCCUGAACCUCACCAUCUGGAACCACGUGCCCCUGGUCUUUAUCGAUGAGCAGAACCCCCGUCACCCAGUGGUUCUUGACCUCUUUGAGGACAACUACAAUGGCUCAGCAAGCAGCAGCCCAGCACCAGGAAGGAUCUGCAGUGCCCACGGAUGCAAAGUAGCCAUGAAACUAUGCAGCCACAAUGGGACCACGUGCAAUUUCCGGAACUUCAGCAGCGCCACCCAGGCAGUGACGGAGUGGUACGCCCUGCAGGCCACCAACAUCUUCGCACAGGUUCCAAACGAGGAGCUGGUGGCCAUGGGCUACUCCGCCGAGCAGCUGAUCCUGGCCUGCCUCUUCGGGGCGGAGGCCUGCACCUACAGGAACUUCACACGCAUCUUCCACCCUGAUUAUGGCAACUGUUACAUCUUCAACUGGGGCAUGAAGGAGAAGGCCCUCCCUUCAGCCAACCCCGGAGCUGAGUUUGGCCUGAAGUUGAUCCUGGACGUGGGCCAGGAAGACUACGUGCCCUUCCUCACGUCCACAGCCGGUGCCCGGCUGAUGCUUCACGAGCAGAUGUCGUACCCCUUCAUCAAAGAAGAGGGCAUCUUCGCCAUGUCGGGGAUGGAGACUUCCAUCGGGGUGCUGGUGGACAAGCUGGAGCGCAAGGGCGAGCCUUACAGCCAGUGCACCGUGAACGGCUCCGACGUCCCCAUCCGAAACCUCUAUAGCGACUACAACACGACCUACUCCAUCCAGGCCUGUAUUCGCUCUUGCUUCCAAGACCACAUGAUCCGUAACUGCAGCUGUGGCCACUACCUGUACCCGCUGCCCCGUGGAGAGAAAUAUUGCAACAACCAGGAAUUCCCAGACUGGGCCUAUUGCUACUCCGCCCUGCGCACGAGCCUGGCGCAGAGGGAGACCUGCAUCGAUGUCUGUAAGGAGUCCUGCAAUGACACGCAGUACAAGAUGACCAUCUCCAUGGCCGUCUGGCCUUCUGAGUCCUCUGAGGACUGGAUUUUCCAUGUGUUGUCAGAGGAGCGGGACCAGAGCCCCAAUAUCACCAUGAACAGAUUCAGAAGCAAGCCUAGAGGAGCACUGAGAGAGGCCAGCCAGGGGGCUCAGAGCCUACCGCUUCCUAAAGGAGAGCCUGUUUUUCCAUCUGUCACCUGGCCAUCCAGCCAGCCACCCCUCCAGUCCUUUCAUCCUUGUACCCAUCCACCCAUCUAUCCAUCAUCCAUCCUUCCACUCUUCUACCCACCCAUCUCUCCACUCACACAUCCAUCCAUCCAUCCGCCCCUCCAUUGUCCAUCCUUCCAUUCUUCCACUCAUCCAUCCACCCGCCCACCCUCCAUCCAUUCAACCAUUUUUCCAUCCAUUCAACACAAACACGCAUUGAGCACAAGAAAAACAGAAGAUUCAGUCUAUCAGGAAGUUCGAGUCUAGAGGACAGAGGUAUGCGAACAGGGCUUAUGAUGAUGGGAGUCUGCCCAGGACCCUUCCUGUGGGAUCCCAGCAGGGAAGGAGGCUCCUUCUUCCUGAGAGAUAAGGGAGGUCUGUAUAGGGAGAUGACACUUGAGCCGAUCCUCCAAGGAGGAGUAGUAAAUGUUCAGACAAAUAAGAAGAGGCAGCAAUGUCCCAGCAGAAGCCUGGAGGUGUGAGAGAGCAUCGCCUUUCUGAGGACCAUCUCGGGUCCCCUGACAGAGAGCCAAGGCUUAGGACUCUAUGUCAAGCCUACUGUCCAUGGGCUGGGAGUGGGAGAGGGGAGGCCGGAACUGAUCCUCAGGACUGUCUCGGGCCCCAGAGUCCUCUGGAGAGCUGGUUCAGAAAGGGGCACACAGGAUGGGUGCUGGGCAGUGCUGCCUUUUGUGGCCCCAAGGCCUGGAGGGGCCCUUCCUGGCGCUUGUUUGGACCUCACCACUCCUGGGAGUGGCAGGUGAGAAGCUCGAGGAGGGCUGGGGGGGCCUUGCUGCCUUUCGUGUGUGUGUGUGUGUGUGUGUGUGUGUGUGUGUGUGUGUGUGUGUG